UGUCUGAGCACACAAACACGCAACUGCAGACAGACUCUGCCGGCUGAAGCAGCGUCUGCCUUCCUUCCAGCAUCCCUGCUUGCAAAAAAAGGGAAAAAAAAGCCUCUUUCUCUUUCACUAAACUCUAGUUUAUGAGAGAGAAGAAGAAGAAGAAGUACUGCAGAUACCCAGCUGCUGCUUCUCAUGUCUGCUGCUUCUGCCUCCCUCCAUCCUCUCUCUCGCUGGCUCACACACAUCCCCAUCACAUCCACACCCACACCCACACCCAAGGAUACCCUCCCUGCCUCUCUCUCUCGCACGCUGUUUCUCCAACACCAGCCCUCCCUCCUUAACCCCUCCAAAUACAUUUUUAAAAAAUUCUCUGAGGAAGAGAUGCUCGCCUGACACUUUUUAAAAAAAUAAAUCUCCGAUCAAAGACUUUUCUUCUUGUGGAUGCUCCUCUAUUUCAUCUCUUGCUACUUUGUUGCUACCUGUGGACAUUCCUCGGUUCCCCGGUUCUUCUUCAGCCCUGCAGAGAGGCACCAUGCUGGGAUUGGACGUGUGUGAGUUCGGGGGUCAGGUGCUGGAGGUGCUGUGGCUGACUAUGUGCUACAGAGGUCUGAUGGCUGACAAGAAUGAUCUGCCUAUCGAGGAGGAAGAGAAUGAGCGAAACCUCAACUACAAUCCUCCAGCGCAGAAGUCACUGCAGGAGAUUCAGGAGCUGGACAAAGAUGACGAGAGUCUGGUGAAGUACAAGCAGACCCUGCUGGGACCGGAAGCAGCGAUGGCAGACCUCUCUGAGCCCAAUGUCAAGGUGACCAGACUGACCCUGCUGUGUGAUGAUGCUCCUGAACCAAUCACGAUGGACCUGACAGGAGACCUGAGUGCUCUGAAGAAGAAGAGCUUCACCUUACAGGACGGAGUGAAAUACAGAUUAAAGAUCCUCUUCAAGGUGAACAGAGAAAUCGUAUCUGGCCUGAAGUAUCGUCAUGUGACUUACAGAAAAGGAGUAAGAAUGAGCAAGGUGGUGUGCAUGGUGGGAAGUUACGGCCCUCGGGCAGAGGAGCAGGAAUUUCUAUGCCCUGCUGAUGAGGCUCCUAAAGGCCUGAUGUCCCACGGCCAGUAUCAGAUCAAGUCCUGCUUCAUCGAUGACGACAAGAACGUCCACUUGUCCUGGGAGUGGAACCUCAACAUCAGCAAGGACUGGAAUUAAUGGAGAGUGUGAGAGGGAGACGAUGUUUCUCUCUUCCCUUCUUUAACACCUAUCCUUCAUCCCCUCUUUUCCUUCCUCUCUCUCACCCUCUUUCUCUUCAUCCUAUAGAGCAACCUUGCACUGGCCAAGACAGGUAGCUCUACUCCUCCUCUUCCUCCUUAUUCUUCUCUUCUACCUUUUCCUCCUGGUCUGUUUAAUGCACUAAAUGCAGUCCUCUAAAAGUCCGACUGGGACUUUUAGAGAAGAGAAUCCCCGUCUCUUUUUGCCUUUUGUCUUUGCAUUAUAAUUACAUGUGAUCCAAUCCAUCCUGAAUCAUCACAUACUGAAGUCUCCCCCUUCUAUUACUUUCAGUUUCUUUGAGCUUUCCUCCUCAUCCUGUCAGGUAUACACACUGAGCUUAGUCAGUUUAGGGUGCAAAGGGAAACAGAAUAUCAACACAGCAAAAUCAUUUUUUACAGCUGAAAUGAAAUAAACACCUCAGCAAACUGCAGAUGCUGCUGCUGCUGCUGUAGCCUGGAACAUCCAUUUGUUCUGAUUUAUUGCAACAUUGUUCAGCAUCCUGAAAGAAGAUGCCCUGAACGGUGUGAAGCAGACAUUGAAUAUCUGACAGGCAAAGUUUCCUAAAGAGAGGAGAUUAAAUAUGUAAAUGCAGAGUGCAUUUAGAGAGUCAGGAAGAAAUCUGGAUUCAUACAUAAGCAGAUUUGGUUAAAAAAGGAGGCUGCAGGGUACAGAUGAGAGAAAAAAAUACAUGCUGGUGUUGCACAGUUAAAUACUGCAGAAGGAGGCAAUUAAGCUACUUCAAAACCUAUUUUUUCAUUCAGUGUGACAUCUGCUUAGAGAAUAACCAUCACAUCUGAUGUUCAACACAAAUUAACACACAUAAAGCAACUUAAACAUGAUAGAAAAAGACUCCUCAUAACUCAGGUUUUAUGUUAUUUUCUUCCAUUUCAAGUAAUGCAGUGACAGUAAAUGAUAAAAAAUGAUAAUUCUGACCUAACUUGCUGAAUCAAAGGCAUCAUUAUACCUCCUGGUUAAAAGUAAUGGGGCAUUAGAGGAUUAAAGAAACAGAUAAGUAAAUGCAAUGUUUUUUUUACAUAUUUUAUUUGCAUCCUUCUUUCUUUUUUACUUUUUCUACAUCAUUUUCUCUCGCUUUCAUACUAUAUAAUGCAAACAACUUUUUUUCAUGACUUCUACUAAAUUCCACAUUUACAUGAUUAUUCCCAUUUUACAUAUUAAUCAUCUUUUCAGAAAGUAAAAAGGAAAGUUUUAGAACACUAAAAUGAAAUUAGCCUCUGACUAAACCGUCAUUGUGUUUUCAAACCAGAAUGAAAACACCAAUAACCUCUUUUUACAAAGAUCUUCGACUUGUGUUUUAUGGAACUUGGAUGAGCUGUAUUUUGAAAUUUCUGUUUUCUUUCGAUGCACCAGUUUUCUCAAUUUUUUGUAGAGCUUUUUUCGAAAGAGCACACCAAUGAACGACUGUAACUGAACUGUGUAUAUUGUAGAAAGAGAUGCAUGUGUGUCCUUUAGGAUUUGAUACUACUCACUCCAUAACAAUGAACAAAGUUAGCCCUUCCUCCUGUAUCAAGGACACAAGAUGGGAAUAAAACUCUGCUUUGAUGCUAGAAGAUGCUGGAGUUGACAGAGAAGUAUAUCAGGGGACAAACUGAGGUCCCUUAAAAAAUAAGGAAUAUCAUUAUUGUGUUUAGAUAUGAUAUUGUCAUUGUAGCUGAACAUAUUGAACAAUGAAAUACCAUUUGAGUGAAUCGUUGUGGUCUCAGACUAACUGUAAAUGUUGGCUUGUUGAGUGUUGCAUGGUUUAGCAAGAUUCUCUCUUUCCUUUUUUACAACUUUACUCUAAGAUUUAAUGUGAUUAAAAAAAUAAAUAAAAAAUACGGACGCAAUAUCCAGAUGUCAAUGGUUGCCAUAUGCUGGGAUAGUUUUAAAAAUACCGAUGGCUGGAAGAAGCUGUGUGUAUUUCAAGCCUCAGCCUGUAACAAUUAAAUGCUGCAUCUUCAAAUAUUGGUGUCGAAUCUGGUAUUCUAUAUCUUUUAAUAAAGACAAUUCAAGCAACCAGUAAAA